AUGGCAUCGACAAUCACGUCGGGGACGGGCUCGAUCGUGUUUGAGCGACGGGUAGCCACGCGCAUCCACAAGUACCACUGGCCAGCCGUGCAGCUCAAUGUCUGGAUGCUCGUCAUGCUGGCGGCGGCCAGCACCAUUAUCGGCGUGUUUGCGACCUUUAUCUAUCAGCAAGAGAUCCUGGGCCUGAGCGUCCCGUGGUAUUUCCCCUACUUCAUCACCGUCGGUGCCCUCACCAUCAUCUACAUUGCCAUUUUGCUGUGGCUCAUUUCGCAGCGGCGGCUGCUGCCCUCGAUUGUCAUCAUUGGCGCCUUUAUGUUCUUUGUGCUAUGGAUGGUGGGCCUCAUUGUCGUCAGUAUAGAGCUCUGGGGCCCCACGGGCUCCGUCAAUGCCAACUGCAAUCUGCUCGUCUUUGGCCAGGACCCUGGCAGCAGUAACCAAGAGAGAUUGGCCUGGCUGCAACAAAGAAGUAUAUGCCAGUCUUGGCAAGCCCUGUGGGCUUUCGCACUGAUUGGGUGUCUUUUUCUUUUGUGGAUAAUGAUUAUGGCUGUCCAAGUAUUCUACGACUCUUGA